UUGGACUCGGGUUCCCUCUUCCCCCCCCCCCGGGCCGAGAUGCCUUGGAAGCGGGGGCUCCGUUUCCUGGGGAGCUGCUCUGCGGGGAGGGUCGCCCCUGAGGGGGCCAGGCUGGCACGACCCUCCUCCGGGACCCACAGCUCCGAGGGGAGACCCGACAGCUGCAGGAAGAGGAGGCAGGAAUCUGUGGAGCUCCCAGCAUCUCCUCGGGAGGAGCAGGAAAACCUGCCUUGCCUGGGAAGGUGGUUCCCGCAGGGGGCAAACUCUUGCCACACCACAAGCGCCACAGGAUGGGCGGCCGAUCUUUCCGGUGACCGGCCGCUCCCCAUGCCCAGGCUUCGGGGAGGCUCCAGCUUUGGUCGCCCCUGUCUGAUUCAUCAGAGUGCGCCACUUCGAGGUCUCACGGUGGAGGACAUCCAGAAAGCGAGAGAAUCUCUGCCAAGGAAAGACCCUGAGAGCCUGGGGAAAAUGAGGCAGAAGCUGAGCGAGAGGGCCCGGGAACGGAAAGUGCCAGUGACCCGCGUUGGACGCCUUGCGAAUUUUGGAGGUCUGGCUGUGGGCCUGGGCUUUGGAGCCUUGGUGGAAGUGGCGAGGAACUCCCUUAAUGGGGAGCAAAAAACCAAGGGUAAGGAAGACGCAGGUUUCCUGCUGGAAUCCAACCCCUUCCUGUCGGAGGCAAACGCCAAGCGGAUCGUGGACACCCUCUGCAAGAUGCGUGGGGCUGCCCUCAAGAUUGGCCAGAUGCUGAGCAUUCAAGACAACAGCUUCAUCAGCCCACAGCUGCAGCAGAUCUUCGAGCGCGUCCGACAAAGCGCCGACUUCAUGCCGCCCUCUCAGAUGAUGGGCGUCCUGGUGGAAGAACUGGGUGCCGACUGGCGGGACAGAGUAGCCUCCUUUGAGGAAACGCCCUUUGCGGCCGCCUCCAUCGGCCAAGUGCACCUUGGGGUGCUGAAGGACGGGACCGAAGUGGCCGUGAAGAUCCAGUACCCAGGCAUUGCCCAGAGCAUCCGGAGCGAUGUGGAUAACCUGUUGGCGGUGCUCAAGAUGAGCAUGGUGCUCCCAGAAGGCCUCUUUGCUGACAACACCCUGCAGGUGCUUCAGAAGGAGCUGGAGUGGGAAUGCGACUACCAGCGGGAGGCUCUGUGCGCCCGGAAGUUCAGGCACCUCCUGGAAGGUGACCCGUUCUUCGAGGUGCCCAAGGUGGUAGAGGAGCUGUCCACCCACAGGGUCCUGUCGAUGGAGCUGGCGGGGGGCGUCCCGCUGGACCGCUGCCAGGAGCUCAGCCAGGAGCUGCGGAACGAGAUCUGCUCCCACAUCCUUCGCCUGUGCCUCCGAGAGGUCUUUGAGUUCCGCUUCAUGCAGACGGAUCCGAACUGGUCCAAUUUUUUCUACGAUGCCGAGAGGCACAAGGUGACCCUGCUGGACUUUGGAGCCAGCCGAGACUUCAGCAAAGAGUUCACUGACAAUUACAUCGAGGUGGUGAGGGCCGCAGCGGACGGAGACCGGGCCAAAGUGCUGCAGAAGUCCAAAGACCUCAAGUUCAUGACGGGGUUCGAGACCAAGGUGUUUGAGGACGCCCAUGUGGACGCCGUGAUGAUCCUGGGAGAGGCCUUCUCCACGCCGGGCCCCUUCGACUUCGGCACCCAGCGCACCACUCGCUGCAUCCAGGACCUCAUCCCCGUCAUGCUGAAGCACCGCCUCAGCCCACCUCCGGAGGAGAGCUACUCGCUGCACCGCAAGAUCGCCGGAUCCUUCCUCAUCUGCGCCCGACUCGGGGCCGCCAUCCCCUGCCGGGAGAUGUUCGAAGAGGCCUAUGCCCGAUACUUGGCCGGGGAGCGCCCAGCCCCCAUGGCCGGCAGGGCCUAGGGGGAUCCUCCACAGUUCUCGCGAGUGGAUCCCA